AAUGACACGAUGAGGCUUAUGUAUAUGUACCAAACUCACGACCCACCUAAUGGAUCUCUCCAACCUGGGACAUUGCCUGACCCAGAAGCUGCUUUCCGCUCAUUUCACCCCAUGGUACUUACUCAAAAGGCUCAAUCGCAUUUUCGAAAGGACGAUCAAAUGCGGCAAAUAGAGCUUCGAAACGAGGAUGUUGAGCUACCGAGCGGAGAUAGCACAUUAUCUUGGUGCAAAAUGUUUAAAUUGGAGGACGUCACUCGCAAAAAUCAUCUAAUUCGAUACGAGCCGAUAUAUGAUUCAGCGUUCAGCAUACAUUACUUACAGCAAAUUACACUGUUCGAGUGCCAAGGCUCCCAACCGGAGCUGGAAAAGAUGGCACGCGAGCAAGGACGGCAGUGUAUCGGCAACCGGAUGCUCCUAUCCUGUAAUGCAAUUGUUGCAUCAUGGUCACGCGGAUCGGAGGGUUUUACAUUUCCUGGCGAAGCUGGUUAUCCCAUAGAAUCUGUUGUGGCCAAGUACUACCUAAUGGAGACGCAGUACACCAAUUUAAAACCGGAUUUUACUCAAUUGCACAGUCGACAAAUGGCAGACAAUUCUGGCCUGAGGAUAUAUUUCACCCACGUGCUCCGAUCUAACGACGCUGGAGUCCUGUCAAUCGGUAUGGAUCCAAAUUGGCGGCACAUAAUUCCUCCGGGACAAAAGGAGGUAAUCUCUGUGGGACAAUGUAUUGAGGACUGCACCGCUUAUGCCUUUCCGCCCCAGGGCAUUCAUAUUUUUGCUGUUAUGAUGCGCACACACCAAAUCGGCAAGGAAAUAAAACUCCGUCAGAUUCGGCAAACUGAAGAGCUUUCUCCCAUCGCAAUGGACACCAACAUCGACCCAGCUUACCAAGACUUUCGCCACCUGCCAGCUCCGGUGCGGUGUAUGCCCGGUGAUCGACUCAUUGCAGAAUGCAUUUAUGACAGUUCGUCACGGAAAGCAAUUACCCUCGGUGGCUUAACUAUGAAAGAGGAAAGUUGCACGCUGCUGACACUUUAUUACCCUCGCCAAAAGGAACUCACAACGUGCCAUUCUCUACCGAGUUUACCAACAGUUUUACACUCGUUGGGAAUCGAGGAGCUUGCAACUGACUCCAACCCCGUUCUAAUUUCCUUACCGCCAGAGUUGGCUGGCAUGACGCUAGAAGCAAGAUUAAUUUCCUAUGACUGGCAAAAUCAUUUCGACGAGUUUCAAGUGGCAACUAGAAGUGGAUCUUUCAAACCUCUUUGCUGGGGUGCCAAAAAUCAUGUUAUUCCCGUAAGUAUUCAAGAAAUGUUAUUUGUUUCAUAUCUCACACGUUCUUCAACUCUAAAAGGAAUUUAUUUACACAAAAUGUGUUAAAUCAAAAAAUGUAAGGGUAGGCGCUAGACUUAGGUAGUUUUAGAACUAAAUGAACUAAAGAACUAGUUAAUUUCAAUGAACUAGUUCACUAGUUCGGUUUCUUCUUUGAUCUUAAUUUGUCAGUGCUAUUUUUGA